GUGGAGAGAGGAGGAAAUGAUUUAUGUGAGAGAUUUUAUAUAAUAUAUAUUACAUAUAUAUCUCUGUGCGCGCGCGCACGCGUGUGUGUGUGUGAAAGAGAGAUAGGAAAGACAUUCACAAACAAACUAAAAAAAGGUCAUGUAAUUGUAUAUUAUUUCAUAACGAUUCGCCGUAUUAUCGUAUUGUUACAAUUCUGUAUCGUCCAUGCUAAUAUAUCGUAACACCCUGUCUCAUACAGUGCCGGGGCAAGGGGGAUACCGAGUUAUUUUUAACCCUCUCCUCGACCCUCCACACUUUAGGGGGCUGUCUGUCCCACUGCACCUCCUACACGGGGGGGAAAGCUUUCCCCGGGCACCUAAUUAUAACGGUAAAUUCAUCGAAAGGUGGUCGCACAGAUGCCACGACCGGCAACAACUGUGUUUCCACUUCGAGGCUGCUGCAACCGUCAGUGGGUCGCGAUGCUACACGUCCUUCCUCCCAGUAAAGUGCGAUAAUACAGUAAUACGGCCUGCAGGCACCCACAGGUACUCCAAGUCUUGACCUCGACAGGAAGUAAUUUUCCGAUGGGGAACGACACCUCGGAGACGGAUUUACUGGCUGCCCGAGCUCGUCAGAAUGUGGUUCUCUGCAUCCUGGGAAUCCUCUUCAACUCCGUCCUCGUCGCAGUCGUCUGCAAGUCCCCCCGCUUGCGUAAGUCGGCCAAGUAUCAGCUGGUGGUCAGCCUAUCAGGAGCGGACAUCCUGGUCUCCAGCAUUUACCUGCCUCUGGACACCUGCAUGGCCUUCAACAACGGCACCUGGCCCUUCGGCUGUCCCCUUCUCUUCUUCGCCUACGGCCUGCAGGAGUUUGUCGUGCCCACUGUGACAGCCUUGACCCUGGCGGCCAUCUGCCUAGAGUACGCCGUGACCAUCUUUUUCACGGUGACCCCUCUGGUGCGGAGGAGAGUGGUCCUGACCGGGGUCCUGCUUCCCUGGUUGCUGGGACUAGCGGCGUGGAUCCCAGUGUACACCGCGCGAGUCAUAACGUCUGGCGGCAGCUUCUCGGAGUCUUGCACCAGCGCCAACUGGACCCUGGCCGGUCUCGUGGCCCUCCUGGGCGCGUUCGGGUUUGCACCUUUGACCUUCCUGCUGGUGGCGCUGGUGCUUCUAGUCGUGGCGCACUGCUGCCGCCAACCGGACGAGCGGCUUGCCGUGCGCACCAUCAUCGCCAGGAGCGAAGGGGUGUACCUGACCCACGAAAUGUUCGACACGUUCAUCGCCGGACUCAUCUCCGUCGUCUUCAGCCUGCCUUUCUUGAUAGAGCUGACCUCGCAUUUAGAGUGUGACGUGUUCUUGGUGUGCCGGAGCACUGCAGGAUACACCACUUUUGUGAGGUGCUGA